AAAAGUGGAACUAGUUAAUUAAAAGAAAAAGAAAAAGAAAACCCUUGUUGCGAAGCAUGAAGCUCCUCCUCCGUCUUUCAUUCAACGGCGUGUUGCGGCGGCCGAGCGUUAACACUUACAACGUCGUAAUGAUCCGCGGCUUCUCUGGGAACUCAGAAUCAGAAUCAGAAUCGAAGGCUUACGCGGCUCGGAUUCUAUGGAGAUGCAGCCAGGAGCGUGUAGAUGAGGCUCAUAAGGUUUUGAGUCAAAUGAUUGAUACUGGGUUUUCUCCCUCGGUUGAUACAUACAACCACAUUAUUCAUGGCUAUUGCCGUGAUAACAGGUUUCAUGAGGCUCUGGGGAUCUUGAGUCAAAUGAUUCAUACUGGGGUUUCUCCCUCGGUUGCUACAUACAACCACAUCAUUCAUGGCUAUUGCGCUCAUAAGAGGGUUCAUGAGGCUCUGGGGAUUUUGAGAACCAUGCCUCACACACCUGAUGCUCUUACUUAUAACAUUAUAAUUCAUGAGUUUUGCAAACUCCACCACCUCGACAAGGCCUUUCAAAUCAAGGCGGAGAUGCUCAACAAUGGCAUCUUGCCUAAUCUUUACACGUAUGAGACGCUUAUUCACGCCCUGUGCCCGCUUCAAAGACUGUCUCAAGCCUUUCAUCUCUUCUGCGAGAUGCUGCGCAGGGGUCUGUUGCCGCGUGACCGCACUUAUAAUACUUUGAUCAAUGCUUAUUGUCUUCAAGGACAAUUCAGUAAGGCUUUUCAAAUCCAUCAUCAACUGUUACUACACAAUGCUGAUUUUGUUUCUGCCUUUUCGCCAUCUCUUGUUACAUACAAUGCACUUAUUCAUGGCUAUUGCUUUCUCGGGAGGCUUCAGGAGGCGCUGGGGAUUUUGAGGGGCAUGCCUCAGAUGGGAUUGUCCCCUGAUGGUGUUAGUUAUAACGCUGUUAUAUCCGCGUUAUGCCGAAUCCGGGAGCUGGGGAAGGCCUUUGAUUUGAAGUUUGAGAUGGAUGAAAAGAGCAUCGGUCCGUUGGAUGAAGACACCAAUGAAUCACUUAUGGAACCACUGUCGGAUGAGGAUACUUAUUCUAGUUUGAUGAAUGAAUAUUUUGCUCAAGGUAACUUGGAAAAGGCUUAUGCGUUGGAAUUUGAUAUGGAUCACGAUCGUUACAUGCUACCUUGUGUUACCAUGAGUGUGUUUUUGAAUGGACUUAACAAGAAAGCUAGGACAAGCGAAGCUAAGUGGAUUCUUCUGCGCAAGAUUUUUGAUUGGUGUUCGCGAUUUCCAACUUAUAUAAUAUAUGAUACCCUGAUAGAGAACUGCAGUAAUGAUGAAUUUAAGAGCGUGGUAGGGCUUGUCAAAGGCUUCAGCAAGAGGGGUUUAGUGAGUAAAGCAGCCAGAGCUCAUGACACAAUGCUCGAAGGGAAUUAUAAGCCAGAUGGAGCAGUUUAUAAUUUAUUAAUAUUUGAUCAUUGUAGAUGCCUUAAUGUUCGUAAGGCCUAUAAUAUGUACAUGGAGAUGGUGCAUUAUGGUUUUGUUCCUCAUAUGUUCUCUGCACUUGCUCUUAUUAAGGCUCUACAUUAUUGCGGAAGGCAGAAUGAGAUGAGUUGGGUAAUUCAAAACACAUUGAGGAGCUGUAAUCUCAAUGAGUUUGAGCUACCUAAAGUACUUAAUGAAAUUGACUUCCCGAAAUGUCAAAUUAAUGCUCUUUUGGAUGUACUAGCUGAAAUUGCCAUGGAUGGCCUGUUACUUGAUGGUGGAAAGUGUUCAUAUGCCUCAGCAAGAACCUAAUAUCUUCGGUUUUGCUUGUUGAACUCUGUUACCAUAAACCUUGAGCUGACUCUUCCAGCUUGCAUCUAGCUUGCUUUGGCUUGGAGACUUGCAACAUGGAAAGCUCUCCCUUGCUAGGAAAGCAGAUUAUCAUCUUUAAGUGGAACUCUACGGCUAUCAAAGACCACCUUCUAGACCAGUGAGUUUGAGGAGCUUGAACCAGUGUCAAUUAUAAGAGAAAGCCUCCUAGAGACUAGAGUCAUCGUGUGCUGCUGCUUCUGCAAAUACACCUGAAGAUCAUGUUUUUACUAAACUCCUUGAACAUAUAUAAUUUAGUUUCAUGCCACUUUUCUCUACUUUCUGAUGAAUGCUUCAAUAAUGUCAAUUGUAAGUUGAUUUUUAUUAUAUGAUGUAUGUGGCUGUACAAUUUUAUGAAUUCAAUUGUUGCAGGCAUCCAAGGUUACUGGAAAUUAUGCGUCAAGUGUAUAAAGUUUUGGACAGCCCUACCAUUCUGAAUUAAAUUCCUUUUGCUUUCUAAAACUUCAUUGAAGUGGAAGGUAGUAAUGAUUUAAGUACCUGUGAUGGCAGUAACUUGGUUUCACUCAGAUCAGAUCACCUUCAAAUUUUGUUUUUCUAGCUUGUAAAAUUAACUUAUCUCUGAUGCCACUGUACAUUAUACUUUGUCCAGAAUGGGGAAAUUUUGGAAAGUGCAGUCAAUUCUCUA